GACUGACAAACUCAGUUUUGUUCUUCAAACAGGCGGUGUUGCCUGUCGUGUCCGGUUCAAGUGCAAGCCGAGGAUGAAUUCACACUUCUUCCCAAAAUCGAGUUCUUCAGUGUGACUGCUUCCGUGUACUCCGCUGGAACAACCGACUUCAUACUGCUGCGCACCCGGGCAUUGACUGCAUCGUGGGAAGCACUGAGGUCAUCGAUAUCACCGAAUGGGGCGGUUUCUUCGACGAUGGACUAUCGCUCCGGCGCCAGUGGGCUUGGCGGCACCGCGAUGAAAGGACUGACAAACUCAGUUUUGUUCUUCACGCAGGAGCUGCCCUCAGCUCACAGCCUGGAAGUGGCCAGAGAGCCUUCACUGCAAGACACCUCAACUGCCAGUGCUGAAGAAGACCAGCUGCCCAUUCCAGAAGGACAGGCACCACCUGAGGAUGAGCCAGAGCAGGCUCCUGUGGCACAAGUCCCCCGUGGUGCAGCAAGGCUCGAUGUUGCGUGUGUGGGAUCGGCUUCAGCGGUUUACGGACGACUACGGACUGUGCACCAUGGAGGCGCUGGUCGCACCAGACGCCUCCAACCAAAGAGCUGUGGCCAGCUGCUUCGGCGCGCUCCUGCGUCUUCACAAACGCCAGCUGGUGCACUUCAGUCAGGAUCAGCUAUACGGCCCAAUCGUGAUUGAAGUGAACCAGCAAGAACAGGGCACCCCACCAAUGGCUUGGCACCUCGGCCCCGUAGCCACCACCACACAACUAGCACUGGAAUCAGCGUCGGUGUUGGACAACAUUGGGACAACACUGGAUUUCUUAUCUGUACCAUCAGGGCAGCCAUGUCCCCUCUUGGCAAAUUGGGUUCCAUGCUUAUCUUCAAAUAUCUCCCAAAAGUUGCCAUUUUCUGCAUCUGCAGCAUCACCGACGCGGCAGACACAAAGCCAUCUCCGUUUUUUUUAAUUGUUUACAGCUCUCACAUGAGGCAUUGGGUAAGGGGGAUGUAACAGUGAGAAAUGAAUAGAAACAGCAAUAUUUGCAUAUUCAACCUAAUAUGAAAACAUUCAAGGAUUGAUAAAAAAGACAAGUAGACAUACUAGUAUAGUUCUUUAAGUUCUUGCUGCUGAUGUUUCUGUUGGGAAUAUAAUUGGCAUUUUUUCUUGGUCUUACUUUACUAUUUCUAUUUCUGGCAUCCUUGCAUUAAUAGGUAUUAAUCCACUUUAGAACAGAUUCAGAUUAUUCCAAAAGUGAUGAUUUAGUGGACCUAUGUUCCCCCCCAACACAAUGGCAAUAACUAUGAAUUGAACACUGAACUCAGGGCAAGCUGCAGUGGUGUAACAACAGCCUGUUUGUUUUUUGUUUAUAUUUAUAUAUAUAUACACACACACACACACACACACCAUCUUUUCCCAUAUCUAAGAUAAAAGACAAAGGUGCUCAGAAUAUGCCUGACGCUCUCUAAUCUCUGGACAUCGUUACAAUAGAUUUUUUGGCUGUUUUUAUCAGUCGGUCGAUAGCAUAUCCAUUGCAUGCAUACGACAUUUCUUGAGUUUAUUAAAAUGCCUGACUAAAUGUUAAAUAGUUAUCUAGUCAUUUGCCCACUUUACAUUUUUGGCUUGUAUUGACACCAGCACAUUCCUUGGUGCCAAACUUGCUUUUAUGAGUCUGCAUUUAUCACAUGCUGCGAGUAUGAGUAAGUCUCUCAAGGUUUUUUUUGACAGGUCUCUUUGAAGUGCUGGAAACUGUCUUGUUGUUUAUUACCAUUGUUCAAUUUUUUAUAAAGUUCUCAACUUGUUUAUUCUUUAUCCGACUGUGUUCGUUAUCUGUGAUAAGGCACACUGCUGGUAGUUGUGUGGACUUGCCUUAGCAUUGGCCCAGCUGUGAUGUUUUCAGAGCUUCGAGGCAUUGUUUCAAGGUUUUAUUUUAUUUAAUAAAAAACAAUACUGUGCUUCCUAA